ACAAAUUUCCGCAUCCGCUUUCCGAGAUACGCCAACGGAACGCUAGAAAAAUUCCCCCAGUUUUGAUACAUAAAAAUGUCACAUACUAUUUUGCUCGUACAACCUGGGAAAAAACCCGAAACACGAACAUAUUCGGACUAUGAAUCGGUUAACGAAUGCCUCGAAGGAGUUUGUAAAAUCUAUGAGGAAUAUCUCAAACGUCUAAAUCCAGAUAGCCCCUCUAUCACGUAUGACAUAAGUCAACUAUUUCAGUUUGUUGAUAAUUUGGCCGACCUCAGCUGUCUAGUAUAUCAGAAGUCUUCAUCGACUUACGUACCACACAACAAGGAUUGGAUCAAGGAGAAAAUUUACGUGUUAUUGAGAAGACAAGCUGGAGGAAACAAGUGAAUGACAGUUUACUAUGAACAACCAACAUCUUUUGUAUUUAUAGUGGACCUAAACUUGUUUGUUUGCACUGUCUAUCAGUAAUGGUUUUCAUUUAUAUCUCUUGAGCAAGUAAUAAAGAAAUUAAAUCCCAAGUAGUUUUCACAUAAUGGAUGCUGGAAUACCAUUGAUAAAAUCGAGUGCUGAUUCUGUUCAAAACACUUCCUAGCAAUUUUUUUUAUCUUUCGUUCUAUAAAUUAUAUAAACUAAGUUAUUCCAUUUUUUUUAUUUUUUCUACGGUUUUGCUUAAAAAUAAAAAUAAGAUGGCAAUCGCCUGGCUUUAAAUGAA